CUUUGCGAUUGUCUUCGUUGGGUUUAUUCAGUCAAAAAAAUAUGGCACAGAUAAACAGUCUGUUUAUAGGAAUUAUAUUGUUUUCAUCUUUAUAUUAUAUUUCCAAUGGAAAUUACUGUAAUAGACAGAAAGCCAUAUGGUAUACAGAGAAAGUGUGCACUUGUUGGUUUUGGUGGUCGUGUACCCAUUAUAGACAUGUUUCGAGAGUUAAAUAUACAUAUGAACGUUACUGCUGUCCUGGAUGGCAGGGAUAUAGGUGUAACACACCUAUCUGUAGUCCGUCUUGUCAGAACGGCGGUACAUGUGUUAGUCCGUUUAAAUGUUCUUGUCCUAGUGGGUAUAAAGGAGAUAUAUGUUCAGGUUUAGCUGAUUGCUCUCACACAAAACCUUGUUAUCCAGGAACGUGUUAUGGUGGUCGUGGGUGUGAAUGCACCCGUGGAUUCACUGACAGAACGUGUUUAACAUUAAAUAGUGACAAGUUCAAGCCACUCAUUGAGAGGAUUAAUUCAACGUUCACUUACCACAGUUUUACUAAAAAUAGAGAUGUUUACAACUACAUGGCCGAUGCGACAAACAGGAAUGAUGGUGAUAUUGUGUGGACAAAUCAAAAUAAAUUCAACCAAUUAGAAUUUGACCUGGAGGCCUACUUAGAUACUAAAAAUGUUUUUCCUAACAACCCACCAGUACCUUCAUAUAUAACAGAAACUAGAUUGGGUAUUGUAGCUGCAAGUGUAAAAAUCGUACACGAAAAACUGAGAAGAGGUGGGAGAUAUAUAGCAAAUGAAACGACCCUCACGUGUUCAGGCGUCUCAGAUGUACAACCCAUCAGUGACAAACGUUUCAAGUGCUAUAAAAAGGAACCGUAUAUAAUUCAGUUUGACUCCGGAGACAGGUAUAAAUUAAAAUAUUCAAUAACAACUGGCGGAUAUAGGAAGCUUAGAAAUACAUAUUUGGGAACGCAAACGUACUCCGGUAUCAGCGAAGAAAACUCCAUGGAGUUCUGGUUUGACUAUGAUGAACCAAACCAUUGCAUAGAAAACGAGGACAAUUGUACUUCAUAUGAAAUCCCACUGCAGUUACAGGAAGAUAUAACUAAGUUACCAAUCUCACCAAAAUGGUCUGGAUGGAUUGACAAGCUUUCGGGAAUAGGGAAAUAUGUCAUAGAAAUUUGGAAAAUGGAGUAUAGCAUCGAUAACUCAGGUUUAAGAGAACCAGAAAUAACAAAAAACUUCAAUCCGGUUCCGGAUUAUACAGAGGAACUUCCUGAGAACCCUACAAAGUUUCCUACAUACGAACCAAAAGAUCCCGGUGUUUAUUCUGUUAUUAUAGAAGUUAAUGAUAGAGCGAAUAAUUCUAAAUAUGCCAGGAGAUUUGUCAUUUAUGAUAAAACAUCAGAAAUAAGUACUAGUGAAAUUCACCGCUUGCAUGCCACUUCUGCAUCAAAUGAUACUAAUUUCUCAUGGAAAACUAAAUUUGACAGAAACAUUGAUGUGUCAUGGACUAGUCAUUUUUUUAACGACGUACACGAAAAUGGUCAUUUUCUGACCAAGAUUUUAGACUAUACACCAAGACUGAGUGAUAAUAUAAAUAGAGUCGAUUACAAGAAAAUCCUACCAAAAUUUGAUGACACUGAGGGUGCAAGAAACAAAAUGGCUAUUACAAACAUCAACUCAAUUGUACAAUUUGAAACCAAACAUGGAAAAGUUAGCACAAAAAUACCACAACACGGAUGGGUUCCUGUUACUCCUCUUCGGGAAGACUUUACUUUUAGGUUGGAUACAAUUCAAAUACAAGAUGGAGAUUCACACCAGUUUUGGGUUCGUGCAUUUGAUAUCAUGGGUAAUACAAAAGUGGACUCGACCGUUGUUCAUUUUGAUAGCAGUGCACCGUUAAUAUACGAACCGAAGAUAAGUCUUAAUCUCAAAGAUGGAAAAUAUCCUUUCUCAAGCAGUGUUGUUGUGUCUGCAAAGGAUGAACACAGUGGUAUAAAGAAAGUGUCAUUUAAAUUCAAAAUAAAACACACAGACGAGGUCAGAAGCGAGCAUAUGUUUGACAUGCUAAUAAAGACGCGAGAAUACUGCAACAAACUACCAAAAGAGUGUUACUGUGUUCGGAUGGGCGAUUGUUUCAUGAUAGACACACAACUUGAAAUAAACAAUUGCUGGAUGAAGGUUCCUAUUGAUGACAUAGGGAAUGAUAUCUAUGUACUUGAAAUUACGGUGUUUAAUUCUGCAAUGCUACAAUCAAGCAUUACAAAAGAGAUUGGAAUGGUAAGAAACAUCAACGGUGUACAGGACUAUUUCAGUCCCUCAAACAUAACUGUUUUGAAGACAACAGACACCAGUGUAAGCAUCAAGUGGAUUCAAGCCCCAGCAUGUUAUGAAAGGGCUGGGAUAUGGAUUAUUCUGUUUAGACCAGAUAAUUCGACAAAGUCUUUCAAAGUUCACAAAGAGGCAACAACCUUUGACCUCACAGGUUUAUCAGCAACAACAUCAUACUGGUUUAAAAUGACAACUAAUUAUGGGAAUGAUACUCACUAUGUCAGCAGUUCUGUUCCAACAAAAUUUGUAUUUGUUACCACAGAAGAAGAAGUUGGACUAUCCAGCGGCGGAGUUGGUGGAUUAGUAGCAGGCUUCCUUUUGUUACUGAUUGUUGUCAUUGUCGUGCUGGUCUUUCUUGGGAGAACCGGUAGACUACAACCCGCUAAACAACAAGUAACUGCAGGUAUACGCACAAUUCGAAAUACCAUAAGAGAACGUCGUGCGACACCAAGUGGAAUAAAUAAUCGAGCUUGUGUUUCGAAAGAAUAUGAUGACAUAUAUUUCUAUGGCGGUAUGGAUAUAAAGGGAGAUAAAUCUUGGAUAUUGUCUCGAAAGGAUGUUUCAUUGGAGUCCGAGCUUACACGGGGACGAUUUGCGAUUAUAUAUUUAGCACAAUACUAUACGCAUCAAGAAGCAAUAACAGUUGUGGCAAAAGCCCUGAAAGAUGAUCAAAAUGACGAAAAUGUGCUUAAAAUGAGAGCUAAGAUAAAUUUUUAUGCGACUAAAGUGGGACAUCACAAAAAUAUCUUGGAUUUCAUUGGAUCUGUUGAAGAUGAUAUCCGUGGUCCAAUGAUGAUUCUGGAAUAUUGCCCUAAGGGAGUUCUGAAAGAAUUUCUUGAGAAUGCGAGGUCAAACAUAUCGGUAGAAUUAGUGGAGAGAUUGUUCCGAAUUGCGUUUGGUAUUUGUAACGGAAUGGAUUAUUUGGCCUCUAACAAAGUAGUACAUAGACGACUAGCUGCUCGAAAUGUGCUACUCAACAAACUGCUUGAACCAAAGAUCACUGGCUUUGGUCCUGAUCCAGAAGCAAAUAAAGAAGAAGAGGAAAGAGUUCCAAUCAAAUGGAUGGCCCCAGAAUGUAUGAAAUCGACAGAACAUGCAAAUGAAUUGAGUGAUGUUUGGUCUUAUGGCAUCGUAAUGUGGGAAAUAUUUUCUCUCGGAGAUACUCCUUACUCAGGUGUUCAAAGUAGAGAUGUGCCGGGUAAGGUCAGACGUGGUUAUAAGAUGAAGAAACCAGAACAGUGUGAUGAUGCUUUCUACAACAUCAUGCUGAAGUGUUGGCACUAUGAUCCUCGUAAGCGAGCUGGAUUUUCUCAGAUGAAGGCAGAAAUGAGUAAAAUAUUUACAGAAGUGCCCGGUGAAAGUUUUUACUACCAAACAAAUGAACUAUAAUGUUAUUUUAGUUUGUUUUGUAUAUUGCACAUAGCUUCAAAUAACUACUUUGAAACAAAGAUGACACUAAUUGGCAAAAACUAUAGUACACAUAUUAUCAUAAUUUAAAUUUGUAUAUAGGUAAUGCAAGAUGACAGUCCAAUUCCGGAAAUUUGACAGAGAAUUUACGUAAUAUUAUUACAUGUAUGUUUUUUUAAUUUUUCAAGUUUCCAAAA